CCAAUUUACAACUACAAUAGAUGAACACAGUCAUAAGUUUUGAAUUUUCUAAGCAAGUCAUCAAUAUUUCGAAAAAGUGCCAUGAGAAAAUUUUAGAAGUAAUUGUUGGUCAAAAUGGAUGUCCUUUUCGACGAAGAAGACUUCCUGGAGGAAAGAAGAGGCUCCACAGCGGAUAUCCUCUGCCAAGGGUCCAACGACGACAGGAAAUGGGAACUUUCACGCUUAAAAAAUAAAUUUGAAACCUUAGAACUGCAACAGCUUUUCAAAAAGUACCUCCAGAAAAUCAACCACGGAUACUUUUCUCAGUUUCUGACGCUACAAAUCUUGCUGAUUACUAGUCAUUUCAUCGUACUCUUGUCAGUUGUACCAAACGUUGACAAAAUUGAUGUUUUACCGGAUCUCAUUCUCUACGGUUUAGUGGCAACACUGUCGAUCGUAGUGCUCGUCGUGGUAGAAACGUAUGUCAAGACGUAUCCAAACCUUCUCAAUUUUCUCGAAGGAGUCACUUUCGUGGCGAUUUUCUUCACGAACGCUUUUCUUCCAUUUUAUAACAAAGACAACGGUUUGAGACCAGCAUACACUCCCUAUUUAAUCAUAUCGACUUACAUUUUUUUUAACAUACAAAAGAACUUAAUCGUCGUGGUUAUGGGUGUAGUGAUUUCCGUUUUCCAUAUCUUGGUGCUAGUGUUUGUCACUUAUGCAAACACCAACAGAGAGACUCUGCACACCAAAAUUAUUUCAGACGCCAUCUUCCUCCUCUCCAUGAACUGUCUAGGAAUUUAUUUUCGCUACAUGAACGAAAUUGUCAUUAGGAAGAGUUUCCUCGAAAAGAGAUCUUGCGUGGAAUCGACGCUCCAACUCAAUUUUGAAGAAAACCAAGAAAACAACCUCAUGUCCAGCAUCAUCCCGCUCCACAUCGUAGGCAAAGUCAAAACUUCCUUGACCGAGUACAUCUCCCAGUACCGAAAAAACGGAUCAGUCCCCCUUCAGAAACCCUUCGAAAAUCUCUACAUCGAGGCGCACCAAAACGUGACCAUUUUGUUUGCAGACAUAGUCAAUUACACCAUGAUGACCACCAGGUUGGAGGUUUCUGGUAUUUUGGACGUUUUGAACCACUUGUUCAGUCGAUUUGACGCCAUUUCUGAGAAGUUGAAAGUUUUAAGGGUGAAGUUCUUGGGGGAUUGUUAUUAUUGUGUGGCGGGUUUGCCCCCAGACCCUGCCCCUAAUCACGCUGAAGCUUGCGUAGAUUUUGGACUAGAAAUGAUCGCGAUUAUUGCAGGUAUAAGAAAACUCAAAAACCUGGAUAUAAACAUGCGAAUCGGGGUUCAUACUGGAAGCAUAAGUUCGGGUAUAAUCGGAACGAUUAAGUGGCAGUACGACAUUUGGUCCAAAGACGUGGACUUGGCCAACAAAAUGGAAACAGAAGGAACCGCUGGAAUGGUACACAUCACUAAAGAAACCAAAAAUCUGCUUCACAAACCUUACAACAUAGAACUGUCCACAAAAAUAGUUAAUAAUGAACCAACUUACUUAGUAAAACCUUGUCUCGAAAAAGUUCCACCACAAAAUGGUGUCAUCGGUGGGACCAGAAACCCACACACGAACCCCGGCCACCACCACGAAAACCAACGACGAAAGACGGUGUUUGUUAGAAGAUUUAGCACCGAUUUGAUUAAUCGUGACAAUGAGAUACCAAACGCGAGGAGUUUUUCAAUGAUUGGUAGUUACCCGGAUCAAGAAAAUGGGUGCAUUAGUGUUGAAAUCGAAAGACGGAAGGACCUUACACUGGAAAAACGCCACACUUAUCCCAGUUCGAGAGACCGGUGGUUUACAGGAUUCCCACUUCUCAAGAUGUUUAAGAAAAAGUCGAGCGGAAACGCGCGAAUUUCCACGAACGACAGGAAGAGGACCACGGUGUUCAUGAACAGCAAUAUCAAGAGGUACCGAGAGAUGUUAGACGAGACGAAUAUGGAAAUGGAAGAAACCAUAGAAAAUUUGUCGUUUUCGAAGUCCGAACAGUGGUUUAAAAAUCCCGACAUGUAUCAAGUACUUCUUGUUUUUAAAGAUUUCAAGAGUGAGAUGGACUUUGUGAAGACCCCGGACCCUCUAUUUAAGUACUACAUUUUAAGCGAAGUACUAAUUCUUCUUUUGGUGUAUGUUUUGGAAAAUUUGACGUUGACAGAAUGGAACUCUCCCGAGUGGCCUUUUUACCUAACUCUAGGUUUGAUCAUCUUUGUUUUUUUUCCUCUUACGUGGACCCACUACAUCUGGACUAACUAUUUUUCAAACUUCAAAAACGAACUUCCAACUAACCAAGUCAUAAGUUUGUUCUACAAGAGUUCUAAAUUUAUCACGAAUAACUCUCUAGCACGAUUUAUAAUUUACACAAUUCUGUAUGUUCUGUUUUGUGUUUGCGUUCUGUCACAGUGGGUGGAGUGCUACGAGACCGAAAUUUUGCUAAAUCCAAAGUCCAAUGUUUCUGGUGGAGCCAAAAAAAAUUUUUUAGUUCUGAUGAUGAACACCAGGAGUGAAGAAAACCACGAACAGUGUAUUAUCCCAUGGCAAAUGACUGAAACUUUCGCUCUAGCCAUAAUAAUGAGCUUCUUAUUUCUUCGAAUGUACAUGUGGUUAAAACUGUUGUACGCUUCCGCCAUUGCAGCCAUCUACUCCUACUGUAUUUUACAAUUCAGUGUUAAAUUUUAUGGGGACAGCCAGACAUUCAAUUCCGCUUUAACCCCCGAAGCUUCCCACAUUUUGAGUAUUUUUUCUCUAACCCUCAUCCUCCAUCUCGUCGACCGCCAGACCGAAUACAUAAACAGAAUCAACUACUUAUGGUACAAAGAUCUAAUAAUAAAAGAAGAUCAAGCCAGUGCUCAACACAAAGUGAACACUUUGUUGCUCGUCAACAUCCUCCCCAUCCCAGUUGUCAAAUUGUACCUAAAUGUGAACAGACCAUCAUCCGAAGAAGUCUACAGCGACACUUACCCUAACGCAGCUGUUAUGUUUGCGUCAAUCACAAACGUGUCUUUAGAGUCUCUAGGCAGCGGUUUUUUGACAAUAAUGAGUGCGAUUAUUGGCGAAUUUGAUCUGAUUUUAGUAGAAAAUAUCCACGACAGUCCUAUCGAAAAAAUCAAAAUUGCUAAAUGGACCUAUAUGGCGGCUUGUGGACUAGUCGAUAAUUCAAAUCAGUCAAACAGCGUCAUUUCGUUGUUAAAAUUCGCCGCGCGGUUGAUGCAGAAGCUGAAAGAGAUGAACGAAAAGGAAAUCAAGCAGGACUUGAAACUAAGAAUAGGAAUAUCUCACGGUUCCGUGGCUGCCGGUGUCGUGGGGUCGAAGAAGCCUCUGUAUGAUAUAUGGGGCGAUCCUGUAAAUAUGGCGUCUCGAAUGGAUACUUUGGGUCUAGGUGACCACAUUCAAGUACUGGAAGCUACAGCUAGAGUAAUUGAAAGUUGUGGCUACGCUUGUCGCUACAGAGGAACUAUUAAAGUCAAAGGGAGGGAAGGUCUCGUUCCUACGUAUUUCGUGGGUUUGGAUGAAAAUUUUGACUUGGUGGAACUGUGAUUUUGUUAAAGUAGUGAAUUGCGUGCGACCAUUUCUUCAAGUUUUGUUAAAAAGUAAUUAUUAUUAUUAUUAUUUUUAUAGUGUUAGUUUUACCUUCGUCGAGGAACUGGAUCGAAACCACGAGAUACAUAGCGAUAGACGACAAGACCUGAGAAAUUGUAUAUUUGUAUAUAUCAAGAUGUAUGUGUAUUUAUUAUGUAUUUAUUAUAAAUUAUGUGACACUUG